UACCUUUUUAGUUUUUGUGCGUUCCAUAUAUGUAUAAUAGUAUAUAAAGGCGUGAACACGGAGACUGCUAAUCAGUAACGAACUCUAAAUCGGCGAUCACACAUCUUACCCAGAAUAUUACAAUGAAGGUCAUACUCUGCUUGUUCGCCUUAAUGGCCAUUACCCUAGCUCGUCCUGAAGAAAAAUACACUGAUCGUUAUGACAAUAUCGAUCUGGAUGAAAUCCUGAACAAUCCUCGUGUCCUAGAAAAUUACUUCAAAUGUAUUAUGGAUCAAGGAAAGUGUACACCUGAUGGAAAGGAACUUAAAUCACACAUGCAAGAAGCCUUGAAGGAUGAAUGUGCCAAGUGCACUGAGGCUCAGAAGAGGGGCACAGAUAAGGUGAUGGGUCAUCUUAUUAACCAUAAGAAGGAUUACUGGGAUCAACUCACCGCCAAGUACGACCCUGAUCACAAACUAAGGGAGAAAUACGAAACAAAAUUGAAAACUUUGACUAAAGUUUAAAAUAAAGUCUUUUAAAAUGUAAACAUCAUUUAUAAAUCUACACAUUACUGAUGAAUAAAGAAAUUAUUUGAAUUUA